GGACCUGAACCGUCAAGUGCAACCCUUAGAAUGUUAUGCCUACAAGUGCUCCUCUAACAACCACCGGCUAUCAGUUAAUAUCCUCCAACCGCCGAUCUCUCUAUUGGAUCCGUUGAUCAGCGACUCAUUCGCGCGCCUUUUCCCUGGUUGUGCCGCCGUCUUUUUCUCUUCUUUUUCUGCUGACUUUUUUCUUUUCUUCUUUUCACCUUCUUUCUUCCUCUUACUUACUUUCCUACCUGUCACUGUGGCAUCUGGUGGGUGACACUACUACUACCUACUUAAUCCUCCUUACCGUCCUAUCUCCGACUCUGUGGCAACUUCCUCCAUCUUCCUCCACCCGAACCCUCGCCUCCUCCCUGACACUCCCUUUCCGUCCGCUCCGCUAUGCGAAUGAUCUAAUAUCGACUUUUUUUUAACAACUGAUUUUCAUAAUAAUACACCAUGUUACUCAAGCCCGGGGAGAGGCCCUCUGUGGGCGGCUCCUGGGCAGGGAAACGGCUCAUCCGUUUCGGUGUCGCAUUUCUGCUCGUCGGCGCCUUCACUCUGUUCCUCUGGCCUCCGUUCCCUCCCAGCCACAUCCAGGCUCAAACACCUUCCGCUAAUAUCUCCAUCGCUUCCGGUAUUCACUGCGAACUCGACCUGGGCGUGCUGGAACGCCUCCAGAUCAACAAACUCGGUAGCUACCUCCGUCGUGAGGUCAACGCCGUGACUCUGGCCGCGAACCAGGAGGUGCCCAUGAAGCAGCGCCUCGAUACCCCGUUGAUGGAUCGGAAAAUGUUGGAUCGUAAUGAGCAACUUACGCAAGAGCAGUCGCAGGCCGAUUGUUCCAUGCCGCACCCAUUCACUGUGCAGGUUCCCUUGCCUCCAAAGACCGUUGACGCCUCUCAUAUCGACUUUGGUGUGGCCACCAGGGCCGAUCGCUUGAACGACUCUCUGGACCAGUUCGCUCACUGGGCCGGUUACACUCGCACCCGGAUUUUUGCUCUCGUUGAGCCCGACAAACGCGUUCCGGAAGUCCAGGCCAAGGCAGAUAGUCUGGGUAUCAACCUGUAUAUCACUGAAUCUGACGAAGAGUACCAAAGUCGGUAUUUCUCCUUGGUCCGUCACCUCGCGAGCCAUGUGCGCGAGCAAACCCGCUGGUCCGUCGUGAUUGAUGACGACACUUUCUUCAUGUCGAUGUCAUCGUUGGUGCAGGCGCUCGACAAAUACGACCACACGCAAAUGGUCUAUGUUGGAGGCAUUUCCGAAAGCAUUCCCCAGAUCGGGGCUUUUGGUAUCAUGGCAUUUGGAGGUGCUGGUGUUUUCCUCUCGCGCCCACUGGUGACCGAACUGAGCAAGCCGGAAAUUUUCGAAGAAUGCCAGAACAUGGAAUUUACCGGCGACCGUCGCAUUUCCCUCUGCAUCUAUCAAUACACACCCGCGAAAUUGACCAUUGACCACCGCUUACGCCAACUCGACAUGAUGGGCGAUGUUACCGGGUUCUUCGAAACGGGACGGGAACCCCCUCUGUCGGUUCACCACUGGAAGUCAUGGUUCCACGCAGACAUGCCCAAGGUGGCUUCCAUCUCCGAACUCUGCGGCGAUACCUGCUUGCUGCGACAAUGGUGGUUUGCCGACGGGUGGCUUCUGACCAACGGUUUCUCAGUGGUUAAAUACAGCACGGACGUGGAUCCCUUCGACAAAACCAUGGAGUUGACCUGGGAGAGUCACAACGGUGCCGUGCACGAAUCGUACCUGCACGAACUUGGACCAUUGCGACCAAAGGACUGGAACAAGAUCAGCUACCUGUUGGAAGAUGCCGUGGUGGAGGACGACCAGGUGCGACAGUUCUACAUCCAUCGCGGUGGAAAAGAUGGUGAUGAGAUUUUGGAAUUGGUAUGGCGGAAUGCAUAGACAGCGUUUCUUUUGCUUUGCUUUUCAUUUUUCUUCUUUUCAAUACCUUAUGUUUUGCUACGCCACUUUACUUCUCAACGGAUACCUUCCACAUUAUCUUGCCUUUUCUUUUUUUUUUUUCAUUUUUC